AUGAUUUAUUUUACUAAUUUUCUUGAUCAAUGUAUUUAUCGAUUUGAUCUUAAACAUAAUGAUUUAGCAAUAUCAUUUACAAAUGAAUUAGAAAAUUCCUCACUACAUUAUGCAGAUUUUACAAUUGAUUCAUUUAAAGAAAAAAUUAAUUUUGAUCAAAAUGGUUGGUGGAAUAUUUAUCAUACAGCUAUUGAUGGACAAUCUUUAGAAUAUAUUGGUGAUAUGGAAGCAGAUUCUGGUACACCUGCAUGGCAAUUUGCUACAUCUUAUUAUAGUUUUGACUCAAAUGGAAAUAUUGUUGGUGUUUAUUGGAAAGCUACAGAUGAAUAUAUUGAUAUUCGUUAUGUAGGUGUUUAUAAUCAAAAUGUGUAUUUUAUUGAUUCAUCAUUAAUAAAGCCAAAUGAAGUUAUUGAAUAUAAUCUUGAAAAAAAAAUCUAA